GUCUUUAAAUUCACCACCUACUUCACAAAAAGAACAGCCCAACAUGACUUUAAAAAAAUCGUGUGAGCAAUGCAGAAGACGACGCCGUGCUUGUAACUCACAACGUCCUUGUUCACACUGUCUAGAAGAAGAUCAACACUGUGUCUAUAGUGUGAUACCCGAUCAAUCUCGCACUGUCUUUUCUACUCAAGCAGCCCGUAGGCUCAGCUCGGGUUCUGCGUGUGAGACUUGUCGACGUCGUAAAACCAAAUGUGAUGGUGGCAAUCCUUGUAGUUUUUGUGCUACCAACCAUAUUGAGUGUGUCAAUCACUCAGAAAGAAGACAUUUAGCGAAAUACCAACAGCAACAACAAAAGCCUGCCGAAGCCAUGGAUCGUAUUGAAGACAGAUUGAGACGCAUCGAGCGAUUGAUGACGGCAUUUACACCCAGUCCACUCUCGAUUACAGAGAGUCACAAGAUGGUCAGACCUCAUCGUCACUCAGUCCAAGGUAUCAAUGUGGCCAAGGAACAGACAGAAAUGCAGAUGAUGAAAAGAAGAGGUUAUUCGCAUCGGUAUGGCUCACUGUCUCCACCCCCUCAAGCCAAUAGCACAACCUAUAUUGCUCAUUCCAUGCACCACCUCACAAUUUCACCUUCGGAUUCGUCAAGCACAGACUCACCUUUCCCUUUGACAUCGGCUUCUUCACCUUCCAUGCGUAUGGGUGCACCUUUAUCUCCCCCUGUUUCUUCUGGGAAACAAACAGAGGACAUUCAUGCAGCUAAUGAUCAAUCCUUGCCUGAGGAUUGGAAGCAACCAAGUACGAUGCCAAGUCUAAUGGAUCAACUGUCCAAUCGAACAUUUACGACGACAGCUAUGCAUUAUUCAAUGAAACCAUUUCCUAUUUAUCCAUUGACACCACCACCAUCAUUACCACAUAGACCCAACCGUCAUUCAUAGCUUGUAUCAGUAAAAAAAAAAAAAAAAAAAAAAA